CUCUAAAAAUGAUCUGAGACAGGAAGGAGACAAUGGAAGGAAUCGACAUCCCCCAUUUCCAAUCCACAUCCGCUUUCCAUAUCACCAGCCACCAAAAGCUGAUCCAUUAUAUUAACAAUGGCCAUGAGUACCUGCGGAUGCAGCCGAAGCUUUGGGCGGCUUCCGCACCUCCCCACUCCCCACUCUAUCAUUUCAUGCCUCUUCUCCCCAUGGUUAACUCCUCCUUUCUCCGGAUCACGUCUGAUUGGAUCUGCCACCGAAACAUUUGAUGCGGUGAUCGCGUCGAAAUAGAGCAGUGGUCGAGUGAUCUCGAUGAAAAAUCCCAUCUUUUGCGGUCAUCGUUGAGCAAGUUUGAAUCUUUGGCGAUAUGGGUUGCUUCCCCUGCUUCGAGUCGGAGGAGGAAGCGCAGCUCAGCCAUGGGAACGAGUGCGAUCGCACGAGAGAGGAGCGGCCGAUGGUGGCGCCUCGCGUCGAGAAGUUGUCUUCUGGAGAUGAUAGAAUGAAAACCGCCAGAGAUUUGAGUACAAAAAGGGAAUCAUUGGGCGCAAUAGAGGGGUCUGAUUUUUCUAUUUCGGCACAGACUUUCACCUUUUCGGAGCUAUCGGCCGCGACCAGUAAUUUCAGAACAGAGUCUUUGCUCGGGGAAGGAGGGUUUGGACGCGUCUACAAAGGUCGUCUGGAAACUACCGGUCAGGUUGUGGCUGUAAAACAGCUUGACAGGAAUGGACUCCAAGGCAACAGGGAGUUCCUAGUGGAGGUCCUCAUGCUUAGCCUGUUGCAUCAUCCCAACCUCGUGAAUCUAAUUGGUUAUUGUGCUGAUGGAGACCAACGCCUUCUUGUCUAUGAGUAUAUGCCCUUGGGAUCAUUGGAAGAUCAUCUACAUGACUUUCCACCUGAUAAGGAACCACUUGAUUGGAAUACAAGGAUGAAGAUUGCAGCUGGGGCAGCCAAGGGAUUGGAGUACCUCCAUGACAAAGCCAACCCUCCUGUUAUAUAUAGAGACUUGAAAUCCUCCAAUAUCCUAUUAGAUAAGGGCUUCCACCCAAAGCUCUCUGAUUUUGGACUCGCAAAACUUGGUCCGGUUGGUGAUAAAUCUCACGUGUCAACAAGGGUGAUGGGAACUUAUGGCUAUUGUGCUCCAGAGUAUGCCAUGACUGGACAACUAACAGUUAAGUCUGAUGUUUACAGCUUUGGAGUUGUACUAUUAGAGUUGAUUACCGGACGGAAGGCUGUUGAAAGCACCAAAUCACAUUCAGAACAAAAUCUCGUUUCAUGGCAGUCUGGCAUAUAGCUAAAAGGAUCAAGUAUUGGCACACUUCUGUUCAGCUUCAAAUGGUUGCAUCUGUUGAUUUCUGGUAGAACUGAGACAGUAAUGCAACAGGGGGUUGGCAGAAUUUAGUUUCAUUAGACCAAUUGGGGAAAUGCUCUCACAAGAAACUAGUAGUUCACUUUUCCCCAUAAAGCUUGAAUUGUUAAUACAUCUUCACUUAUUUUUUCUACAUUCUCAAUAUUUCUGGAAGAAAUGCUUCGUAAUUAGUGGUAAAUCUUGUAACAGUCAUUUAGUUGUUUAAUAAGA